AUGCAUCCCUACGUCGGUCUUUUUCUCGGCUUGGGCGCGCUCGCAGCGGCCGCCCCCCAGGUCACUCUCACUCCGCUCAGUGGCCCUAUCCCGCCGGUCCGGAGUUCCGAGGUGACUGGACCGACCUCCCAUGGACCGUUCUCCGGCACGCCGACCGUCACGGGCGCCUUGUCCGCCCCGGCGACCGCUCAGUCGAUCGCGCCUGCUGGUGCGCCUGUUGUCACCUACACCAACAACAAUGGCAAGCUGCAGGCUUCGUACAUGCCGGUGCCCUACCAACCUGCCGGCGGUCAGGGGGUGAAUGGAACCACUCCGUACUACCACCCGCUGUCUGACUUCGACUACGAGUCUCUCACCUUGGCCCUCUACCAAGAGUGGAUCGAGCUCGACCUUUUCCACUACGGACUGGCCACAUUCUCCGUCCAGGACUUCGAGGCUGCCGGUCUCACCGCCCAGGAUCGAUUUCUGAUCGAGUUCAUGGCAGACCAGGAAGCCGGCCAUGCGACUCUGCUGAGCAACAUCCUCGGUCCUGCCGCCCCGCCUCAGUGCACAUACAACUAUCCCUUCACCACGGUGCGAGAGUUUAUCGAUUUCUGCCAGAAGUUGACGCGGUUCGGCGAGUCUGGAGUCUACGGCUUCCUGGGCCACUUGGAUUCCCGCGAAUCCGCCACUCUGCUGCUCCAAUCCAUCAGCACCGAAGCCCGACAACAGAUGAUCUUCCGCCAAUUCGACGGUCUAUUUCCCAUGCCGGUCUGGUUCGAAGUGGGCUGUCCGCAGAGCUGGGCCUGGACAUUGCUGGCACCAUAUAUCUCGAGCUGCCCAGCGAACACGACGCGGCUGGCGUGGCAAAACUUCCCUUCGCUUACGGUUCUGAACCAGCCGAAUCCAGCAAAGACAAACCCCAACCUGGGCGCGGCUCAGGCAGGCACGGGCUCGAACCCCCUGAACAGCAGCGACAUUGCCGCCAGCAACCAAUGCCUCAACGCGACGGGCUCGUCCGACUGCGCGCCAGCCAUCAGCCAGAACCGCUCCAUCCCUCUCUCGUACCCGGGCCGGCCCGUCCAUUUCGCCUGGGGUAGUGUCGGCGAGCCCGUCGGCCCCAACAACAGCUAUGUCACCAGCCGCUCGCCUCUGGCCGACCAGCCUCGCUAUGCCAUGUUCGUGUCGCAGCUCAACGCCACCUACGUGCCGCUGGUCAACGUCAGUCUCGCCGCCAACACCGCCUCAGCCGUCCAGCCCAACAUGAGCACCUUUGCCGGCGACCCUGCGGCCAAUGGAACUAUCUUCAUCUCCAUCGUCUCGCAUAAUCCCUAUGUCACGCCCUUCAACCUCAGCCUGGUCAAUCCGUACGUUUGGAGCGGGCCGGUUCUGUAUCAAGCGGGCUAG